CCGAUGCAACUAGUUGUAACUUGUAAGGCUUUGGUGUAGACUUCUAGAUCUGUUACGUUGAUUUUCAGACGACAGUUACUGGUAGAGCGUGUCUGUGAAUCCAUGUAGAAAUUUAUUUUGAUUUGGUUUUUAAUCUUGUUUUCUUUGAUUAUACAAUUAAAUGAUUGUGAGUUGCCACUUAACUCCGAGCAGUAUUGAGUGUCAUAAUACAGAACGACGAAUAGUGAGCACAAAAUAGUUUUGGGAGUAUAAGGAAAUAAAAGUCUAGAAGGGGAAAAGGUUGUGUUAUAGUGACAAAUAAUUCCUCUGAAGCUGACUAUUCAGCAUUCAGGAAAGAAACAAGAAGUAAACGUAAGAGACGGAGUCUUAUUCUGAAUGUGUGAUCAAUGUGUGAGGCACUUUGUAGGCUUGUUUCAUAUUAAGUACGGAGUAGGACUUUUAUGCUGACUUUUUGGUGUUUUUUGGAAUCUUAAUUAGAAGUCUUUUUUGGGCAUUUCUUAUGUGAGAGGGUCUGUCGUUUCUUGCUUGUUGCUCUUCUUUCUUCUCUUAAUAUAGAGGAAAAUUUCUCAUUCUUUAGAAUAACAGCUACUUAACUAUGGCAAGCUACUGCCUUAAUUUUGUUUUAUGUCUAUUAUCAUUCAUGUCUUCCCAACUGUUAGUUUCGUUUUCGCUUAGUAUAAUCAAUGCAACCCAUCCCUUGAAAGAUGGAGAAACUUUGGUUUCUGCAGGUGGAAACUUUGAGCUGGGAUUUUUCACCCCUGACAAUUCUGAUAAAAGGUACCUCGGAAUAUGGUACAAGAAAAUACCUAUCCAAACUGUAGUUUGGGUAGCAAAUCGGGAGGAGCCACUCGAGACUCUUGUAAGUUCUUCAGCAGCCAUGCUUAAACUCACUAGCAGGUCAGUCCUUGAGCUUAUCAAUGGCACAGGUGCGGUUAUUUGGACAACCAACGUAACAAGAACGGUGAAGAAUCCAGUUGCUGAGCUCUUAGACUCAGGAAACCUUGUGAUAAAAGAGAUGGAUGACGAUCAAAUAUAUGUUGAUAGUUAUUUGUGGCAGAGCUUUGAUUUUCCGAGUCACAUCCACCUGCCUGGAAUGAAGCUGGGAAAGGACUUGGUGUCAGGGCUUGAUCGGUACCUCACUUCCUGGAGUAGCAGCGAUGAUCCUUCUCUGGGAAGCUAUACACAUCGUCUCGAUUGCCGUGGAUCCCCACAGCUAGUUGUGAUGAAAGGUCAAAUGGAACAGUAUAGGUAUGGACCAUGGAACGGAGUAAGGUUCAGUGGUGUUCCUAACAUGAAGCCUAACAACCCUUUCUAUACCUUCAAGUUUGUCAUGAACUCCAAGGAAAUAUAUUAUAUCUAUGAACUUGUUAACACCUCGGUCAUUUCUCAUAGGAUGUUGAACUCAGAUGGAGUCAUGCAAAGGUUUGUUUGGAGUGAUCAUGUACAAGGCUGGGUAAUGUACUUGACCGCGCAGUCUGAUAAUUGUGAUACGUAUUCUUUAUGUGGCAAGUUUGGAAGUUGUAACAUUGCCAAUUCCCCUGAAUGUGGGUGUUUAAAAGGUUUUGAACCAAAAUCACCUAAUGAUUGGAAUGCUAGGGAAUGGUCAGAUGGGUGUGCAAGGAAGACCACUUUGAGUUGUAAUGGGGGAGAUGGUUUCAUCAAGUAUACACACGUCAAGUUGCCUGAUACGCAGAAUUCCUGGUAUAACACCAACAUGAGCCUCGAUGAAUGCAGGAACAAGUGCUUGUUGAAUUGCUCUUGUGUAGCUUAUUCUACUUUGGAUGUGAGAGCAGGGGGAAGCGGGUGUUUGAUUUGGACUGAUGUUCUAAUAGAUCUAAAGAUUUUCCCUGAUAAUGGCCAAGACCUCUAUGUGAAGCUAAAUGCUUCUGAAUUAGGAAAGGGGAAAAGGCGAAUCUGGAUGAUAUUAAGCUCAACUUUUGGUGCUGUGAUACUCCUUGUUUUGAGCACAACACUAAUUUUAUGGAAGAAAAGGCAAUUCAGGAGAAAAGGUAAAGCUAGUGAUGGCUACACGGUCAAUGACACUGAGAAUGCAGAGUCAGAGUUGCCAUUGUUUGACAUCGAUGUUAUAGCUCAGGCUACCAAUAAUUUCUCAGAUACAAAUAGGCUUGGUGAAGGCGGCUUUGGCCCUGUCUACAAGGGUAUGCUGAAAGGAGGACAAGAGAUAGCAGUUAAGAGGCUCGCUAAAGAAUCAAGGCAAGGACUAGACGAGUUCAAGAAUGAAGUUAUAUGCAUCGCAAAGUUGCAGCAUAGAAACCUUGUAAAACUUUUGGGAUGCUGCAUUGAAGGAGAAGAGCGGAUGCUAGUGUACGAAUACAUGAGCAACAAGAGCUUGAACUUAUUCAUUUUUGAUGAUAUGAGAAGUAAGUCGCUAGAAUGGCCCAAGCGCUUUCAGAUUAUCAAAGGGAUAGCUCGCGGUGUUCUUUACUUACAUCAGGAUUCAAGAUUGAGAAUUGUUCACAGAGAUCUCAAGGCCAGCAAUAUCCUGCUAGACUCGGAAAUGAACCCUAAAAUUUCUGAUUUUGGCAUGGCUAGGAGUUUUGAAGGGAAUGAGUAUGAAGCACAGACUAACAAAGUAGUUGGAACCUAUGGGUAUAUGUCUCCUGAAUAUGCAAUAGACGGGCUGUUUUCAGUAAAAUCGGACGUGUACAGCUUUGGGGUACUACUGCUAGAAAUCAUCAGUAGCAAGAGAAACAGAGGAUUCAAUCAUCCUGAUCACCACCAUAACCUCCUUGGACAUGCAUGGAGACUUCUGAAUGAAGGUUUGGGUUUGGAACUUGUUGAUUCAUCAAUAGAGGUCUGCUACAAUGCAUCCGAGGUACUGAGAUCAAUGCACAUAGGGUUGUUAUGCGUGCAACAAAACCCUGAUGAUCGGCCCAGCAUGUUGUCUGUUGUUGUAAUGUUAGAUAGUGAUGUUGAAUUACCUCAACCGAAGAUGCCCGGGUUUUUCAUUGGGAGGGAGUUCUUGGACAAAGAACUGUUAUCAGGGGUUACUACUUCUGAAACACAUUGCAGCAAUGAGAUGAGUGUAACCGCAGUAUCUGGCAGAUAGCAUUUCUUUCUUAUACAAUUAUACCAUAGGAAACUUAUGCUAAUCAGUGGUUAAGAAUCAUAUUUGUCAAUAGCAAAAUGUUCAUCUAUCUUGACAUACUAUUAAUUGCAAAGAUUCGAGAUAUUUUUGUUUAAA